UGAGGUUACGAUAACUUCGAGUUAAACUGGUUUCACGGGUUGUCAAAGAGUCGAGCGAUUCCAUUUUCCCAGGUGAGCGCCGACUCAUUUCGCUUCAAUAUUCCGAAAUGCUCUCUAUCUCUUUACACGUUCAUUGCCUUUCGCCCCAAAUGUUUUGCACGGCGUUUAGUCAAGCGAAACCUCCACGAAACAUCCACGCAGCGCCCAAAGUAACUUUAUCCCUAUUCUAAAAAUAACUCCAGACGAAUUACCUAUGGAAUAGGGUGUGUAUGGGGGAUGCCUUCUCUGUCCCCUUUAUCCUCUCUUGGUUCCUACCGUGUACUUUGCCGUUACAAUUUCUCAUGUAUUGUUACCUUCCUAAAUAAACGGAUCAGACAUUAAAAAAUACAUUUCGGUAGUUUGGUCCACUUUGGCCUCAUUAGCACCCCCCCACGUACAAUCCUGGUUACGGGCCUGAUAUGUGCACCACUUUUGUUGUGAAAAUGAGUUUUAUUUGCAUGAGAAGUAAGAUGCUGUGGGAGCAUAUAUUUGGGCAUCAUUGUCCUAGGCGUACAUGAAGUUUGUACGUAUAUAUAAUAGCCAUUAUAGGGAUGUGAGUAGAGCAGUAGCAUUGUAAGUAUGUUUUAGGAGGUUGGUUGAGAUGGGUGAAGUGACGGUCUGGAGUCAUAUUGGACGUGGAUUGGCAAGAUAUUUUGGCUGUAGUUUGUUGAUCAGUGAAACUGAUUUCUCGUAGAAUUUAAUGUGAAGUAACAAAAAUGAUUUUAGUGGAAGGUAAAAGUUAUUUUAGGUGUUGUAGUGCAGUAAUUGUGGGAGUGCUAAUUUGGUUAUGAAGUGAUAUAGUGUAGUUACAGUGUGUUGAAAUGAAGUAGUGGUUGUGAAAGAUCUUAUCAAUAGUUGAAAGCAUACUUGUACUUAAUUUAAAUGUUGUUAGGCUUUUUGGUUAUAGGAUUGUCUUUUGUAUGGAGAGAACGUCAAUAAGGGAUAGUAUAUUUAAUUUGGAGAAGGGUUAUGAAGAUGUUUGGGAGGCUGAUAAUUAGUUUGGGUUUUGUGGGUUCGGGGAGCUUUGAAAAAUUGGUGAGGUCAAGAGGGAAGGCGUAAAAUCUGGCAAUAAAACUAAGGGCCUCACAUUACAUGAGCCAGGCAACUUCACUUUGGCACCUUAGUUAAACGCAACAGAAAUCAACCUCACGAUUGCAUGACAACCGAGCCAGCCCAGUUUGCUGGGAUCCCAGUAUUGUGAUGCCAGAAAUUUUCCAAUUAAUCAUGCUUUCUGGGCAACCUGGUGAAUGAACCAAAUGAGAAACAUGCACACUGCUUCCACUUUCUAUAUGAGAACUGCAGCUCCAGGUCCUGGGUGUUGGGGGGGUUACUCUGGAUUUCAAGUGACAAGGAUGACCAAAUAAGGCUAAGAAUCAAAACCGCAGGGCUCCUCUCUCUGGUAUCCCUAGGGCUUCCAGCAAAACCCCAAAAAAAUCCCUGAACCAAAAAUUAACCCCCCAAAAAAAUACCAUGCCAAAUUUCUGAGCCUUACAAAUCUCCAGAAAGGAAAACAAGAACUUUGUGGCCGGGAUAUGUGAGCACUUCUAUCAAUCAUCAGAUUAUAAUAGAAUAGCUUAAAAAAUCCAGUCUUAAAUCAAGCCACAAAAUACUUGCCAAAUUGUCCUACCCCCCAAAAAACCGAAAUCGAAAAUUUCAAAACCAAAAAAAUCUUUUAAUCAUACAUAGAUACAGUGUACAUGUUUUUAUUUGGAGUCUUAUACAAUAAAUAAUAUAUCGACUAAUUCCAAAUAACUAAAAUUACAAACAACAAAAAUUGGGUGAUUCCAGAAAAUAUCCAUACCCUACCACGGGUGGCAUGAGUAUUUUAACCCCCCCUUGCCCUCGGAAAUUCUAAAAUGCUUAUCCCCCCCUUGCCCUCCGAAUUCCAAAAUCGCUAACCCCCCCUCUCCUCUGGAAUUUUCCACUUUUGUUUCAGACCCAACAAACAUAACAGCAAACAUUUGAACUGGAAACAGUUUCAGUAUACAGUAGAGUGAGUUUUGUAAUCGAUCAAGUCAGUCUUUGUUGAUGUUUUUGGCCUCAUGUGGAUUUGCGGCCCGUUAUUCGUAAUUUUGAUUUUACAGAACUGACAAUUUUUUUCUUGAUGACAAAUGUAUGGAAAUCAUAGAAACGCAGGAAAAAUCAGGACCGAACUGCAUUUUUCCCCUAAAUACCGGUUUUAGAUUUGAUCAGCAAAUGUUUUUAGGUUUAUGCAAAUAUUUUUGUCGCGCUACACAUAACAUGCAUGUACAAAUAAUUUAAUCGUGUAAAAUGUAUGAUGGAAAUAAAAAAAAUGAAUGAAAAAGUAACUAUUAUAAUUUUUUGAGGUAAACCUCUCCCUGACUCUUCCAGUUCUAUUGGCAAAUAUACGUCCGUUUAAGGAUAUCAGCUCCUGGAAUAAAUAGUUAUUUCGAGGAAAAAUAACUAUUUAGAACUGAAUGAUCAAAACACUUGCGCAUAAACAGUUUUGAAUUAAACAGCGCAUCAAAAGGCACGCUGUCGGAUUUUACUACCAGCUACAUGUUGGUGUGAAAAUCGGCGUGAAAUACAAAAUCUGUCAGGCGUUCUAUUUGGAAACGAGAGACUGGUGCUAGUUUUCAGCACGCAACAACACAUCGUCGAUCGACAAUCAGCGAUAAACACCGACUUGGUUAUAUUUUUAUUAAUCAGUUGACUAAUUCAUCAACUUUAAGGCCUCUUCGAUGUGGAGCUUGCUGCACAACCCAUCUGCUUACCCAUCUGCAUGAACGCAUACUUCUUCCGUGGUCGGUUCGUGCUUCAUUUACAAACUGGGAAUGUUAACAGGUCAGCGAUUUCAAGCGGAGCUUUCGCCGUCUUUCCUCUGGAAAUUCACUGAAUUCAGAGCUGAAACGCCCCCCCAUGCCUUUGGAAUUCCAAACUGCGUUACCCCCCCACAUCUUCGGAAUUCCAGUCCAAGAAACCCCCCCUCUCCCUCGGAAUUCCAAGAUGCCGCCCGUGGUAUGGUAUGGGUAUUUUCUGGAAUCACCCAUUCCCAACCAUAUAUGUCUAAUAAGUUAUCAAUUAAUUUCGUCCUAGUCCGGAGUACCCCUCCCCCCCCCCCCCCGCCAGCUAAGGCUCCUAGCUGACCCAUUUCAUGUAAUACCACAAUAAAAGCACCUCGGCAGAGCUAGUCAAACCGGGUGAUGCAAUCAUGCCCUAACUGUGAGUUGUUUGUCGUGCAGUUUGCAUGUGAAACAUUAUUUUGGAAUUUGCCCCUUUUGUGGGUGAGAGAAAUCAACAUGAUCUAAUAAUUAUCAAGGUUUUUAAAAAUAACUCACUCUCUCACACACACAUACGUACACACGCAGUUUGCACGUGAAGAUGUUGGACUUUGCCCCUUCUAACAGUUUCGUACAUGAAAGAACGCAACUUGUUUACUAGUUCCUUUCCGAACAUAUGCAAUGCAAUAUUAUGCAUUAUUCAAAGUAAGAGUAUUAGGGUAGCAUCAAUUAGCUCCAAUAACAUUUUCAAACUGCAGAAAGACUUUAUAUAUGGCCACUCAUCGGAUGUCAUUCCUCUCAUUGAAACAAUGCUGUAUUUUUCUCAUGCAUGAUAAUGGAAUUUUGCAUAAUUGUGUGACAUCUUCUUUGGCUCUUGACAAAUGAGGGCAAAAAUAUUGUCAAACUUUUGUCUUUAAGCCAAACUCAUCAAUGCCACAGUGUGUUUUUCAAUGUUUAAGGUGGCUGCCUAGGAGUAUUUACUAAACCCUUAGCUAUCUAGCAUACGUUACAGAAUGAAAUCUAGUAAACUUUGUCUUUGCGAUUUUGUUCACGAGAUUCACCGCUAAGGUUACACAUAUAAGAAGGCUCCUUUAUCAAGUUUCGUUUUAUGGAUUAAGGCCGUUGCCAUGGCAACAUCGCAUCCUUUGACAGGCUGUAAUUUUGUCAUUUUUGAUCAUUUUUCCAGCAUGCUUCUUACUUUGUACAAGACAUUUGUGUGGCAGACAUUCAGGUCACUGGGCUUGUUUAUGUUCGCAUAUAUUGCAUGCCUAUUGCAACUUUGAAUCAAAACAAGUGAUCUCGAUUACUCUAUUUGGGUGACUCCUAAAUAAAAGGAAUCAUCUUAGCCUCACUUAAAACAGAGACCUCAGGUAGCCCAACCUCAUUUUACGUUGGACUAGCUGUGCAGAGACUUGAGGGAACUUGGAAAUGGCCUGUUAGCCACUUUGAGGUUGUGUGGUAGACCAGGUCAAGAUGUCAACUGUCAAAGUGCAUUGUGUGACAGUCCCACAGUGCAUUGUGACAACCAUCUCGCCCCGGUCUCCCACGCAACCUCAAAGUGGCUAAUAGCAUGUCAUCCAUGGUUUCAAAAAUGUCGUUUGGAUUAUCAUUAGUUACUUGUCACCAAGCUGAAUGGAGUAAGAUUCCACUACUUAUCCCCAAGCAUAUUGAAUAUAAUAUCAAUAAUUCCUUAAUUUUAGCUCGAAAUUUCAGUGUUAAUAUCACAGGUGACGAAUUACUCCUUAAUUUUGGCGCGAAAUUUCAACGUUAAUUUGUAAUUUCAUAUGUGAAAUUACAAAAUUGCCAUGGCAACCCUUCCGUACCUCUCAGUGUCAAGAUGGGUACGAAGUUUUAAAAUGCUGCGAAUGAAGAUGUCAGGGCACAAAAAGACGCUUUAGAAAACCUGAACACACAAGAGAACAUCAAGAAGGAUUCUAACAUGUAUUUUGCCGAAAAAGUGUGAAAAAUUCGGAACUUUAGAAGCCAAAUUUAAGGUCUAAACAUUUGGGAGAGUGGAGUUCUCGAUCGAUAUGAUCCAGGAUAAACAUGUCAAAAAUCCAAGAUUGCUAACGUAAUUCGUCACCCAUGAUAUUAAUAGGUAAUCAAAUGGUAUACUCAUGAAAUUAGGGAAUAAUUUCACUUGCGUUUUGUCCAAAUCCUAAUAAUUUCAGGCUCCGGAAAUUACUAGGAUUUGGACAAAAUGUGCGUGAAAUUAUUGCCUAAUUUCACUCGUAACCAUUUGAUUACACAUACUAAUUUAUAUUUUCACUUGUGAAAUUACAAAAUUGCCGUGCCAACAUUCUGUAUGUGUCAAUGCCAAGAUGGCGGAAACUUAAAAAUAAUGUUAUGACUGAAGAUGUCAGGGCAAAAGAUGCUUUAGAAAACCUAAACACACAUAAGUGGACAUGAAAAAGGAUUCUCUCAGGUAUUUUGUAAAAAAGUUCUGCGCAUUAUGAACUGAAGCCAAAAUUUAAGCUCUAAAGUUCUUGGUGCAUGGAGUUCUCGGUCAAUAAUCAUUUUGAUAAACAUGCCAAAAACCUAGGAUUGUGAGCGUCAUUUGUCAUCCAUGAUAUUAAUAGUUAAUGAAAUGGUUUACCGGUAAAAUUAGGGAUAAUUUUACACACAUUUUGUCUAAAUUCUGAUAAUUUCUUGAGCCUUUAAAAUUAUUAAUUUUUUAAAAAUGGCAUGAAAUUAUUCCCUAAUUUCAGUUGUGACCAUUUGAUUACACAUACUUACUAUUCUCUUAAGCAGCUCAGUAAUAAUUAAUGGAUUUUGUCUUAUAGGGUUUGUCGUCCGACAUAUCGGUUGACAUAUCAGUUGACAUACAGAGUACUGCUCAAUAUAUCAGCUGAGUGUCAGUCAAUAUGUGGCAGUCAGUCAUUCCCUAUAACCUAUUGGUUAAUAGUCGGUCAGUAGUUGGUUGAUUACUUCGCCAAAAGAUCACCAGCACACCGACAGGCCACUGACACUUGGUUGACACCUUGGCUGACUGUUGGUUCAGAUGAUGAAUUUUUCAGCAUUAUUGGUUUUGUUAGGAACAAAAGAGAAAUUUCUCACUGAAAAUUAUGAUGUUCCAUUGCAGACAAAACCUGUAGGAAAACAUUGGUUAAUGAUUCAGCAAGACCAGAAAGCCAGUGCCAAAAAGGUGGGUAAUCACAUUUGCCUUGCCCAUGUUGCAACACUCUAUUUAGAUCAAGAUAGAAGGUUUGUCUCAGCACUCGUGAUGCUCAACCAAAGAACCACUGAUACAUUACCAGUACUGGACUGACAGUUCCCCGUUAGGUUGCCAACACACUAACGGUACUAUCGUGACCAAUGGUUGACCAAUGGUUGACUGAUGGGUCAAUGCCUCAGUCAGUACUCGACCGACAUGUGACCAACACUCUACUGACAUGUGGAUUGAUAUUUCAGCCAACACUGGGUUGAUAUGUCAACUGAUAGUUUGCAUUUAUAAUAACCAUGCACUUGGUUAUAGCUCAGUUGGGAGAGUGCCAGUCUGUUGAGGGGAGAAAGUGGAUUCAAACCCUGUCUAGACCAACACUCAGGGUCUUUAAAUAACCUGAGAAGAAAAGGGUGCCUUAUAAUGACAUCUGUAAAUGGUUAGACUUUCUAGUAAGGAUGAAAAGGCAUAGGUCCCGUUUUAGAGCACUUUCAUGUAUCUGCAUGGUUCUUGUGGGACUUUAAAGAAUCCACACUCUGUUAGAAAAGAGGAGGGGACGUAGACCCCAGCGGUGUCGUCAACCUUUCCUGGGCUUGGUGGGUAAUAUCUGUAAGGAGAGAUCUUAAUAUGGGGUAACCUCAUGAUUCUCCUUCAGGUGUUGAAGUGGCUAUGUAAACAAUGUGACUAUGUAUGGCCCAGCUCUUAGAUUUACAGGACUUAAAUUCACCAUGUGUAUCUUGAAUUCAUUUUCAGUUGAUGGAUGACGAGGAUGAUAUUCAGUCAAUAACAUCUCUUGAUUAGAGACUUUUUCAUUUUUAUCUCAGCAAGUUCAAACAUUCAGGGUAAGUUGUUGUACAUUUAUCAUCAGAGACCUUAUUAGAAACAGGUAAUUGCGAAGAUGGCCUUAAUUCAUAAGGGAAAGUUUAUUACAAGAUUAAUGGGAGAGCCCCUCGGCACUACCAUCCAGUUAGAACUACGAGCAUUUGAAUUCCCAGCUUCUGCAUUUUUUCUGGCCAACAGACAAAGAGGAACUUUUGGGGGAGUUUCUGAAACAAUUUUCAACAGCUAUCAGAGUGGAAAAAGACACUUCUCAAGCAAUUUAGGUUAUUAACGACAUAGCUUAUAUCAAUCCAUGUCCACUUUUUACACAGUUAUAUUUUCCUUCCUUCGAUCCUUGUGACUAGAGAAACUGAGAUGAUUAUCAAAAAACUGAAUUUAUUUAUUUUUAAGAAAUAUUUAUGUAUAAUUGCCAAGGAAGAAAUGCUUUGAUUUUCAAACAUUAAUUCUCGCCAUCAAUACGACGUAGCAAAAUAUAAUUAUGUGGAAAAGAAAAGAAUUUUUUGUUAUGUUGUUAUUGGGCUUUAAAAGCUUUUAAUUUAUUACAUUUUUAUCUCUAAUUUGACCCAUGAUUAUUUAUACAGAUGAUGGUCUCAGAUGAAGAGAAAAGAUGGAUUGUUGUGGGAAUUGCCAUGAACAAAGUUGCUGCUCCUGUUUUGCGGGAUGCUGUCAAACAAGGGAUGGAUGCCAACUAUGCAAAUCUGGACAGGCACUGUCAACUUCCCCACCCGCCUUGUACUCUAAAGACAUUAACUCAUGGUGUUGUCCGAGCAGAUCCUAUCUUGAAGAACCUGAAAUUUCAAAAUAUAAACAACAAUCAUCUUGUUCAUGGUCGAUGCAACUACAACUUUAACAUCGAUAGCUCUUUAGAUUUGGCCAAGUUAUAUCUGCCAGGUCACCUGGCUCAGUUUUCAGGCUUUGAUGACUCACUGGACAUGACUGCCAUCCUUCGUCUGUUGGGAUUUAGGAACUACAUGCCUGUCACUGUGUUCUCCCCACACUCCCAGGCCUCAGCCGAUGAUGUCAGGGAAAAUGUCAGAAACAAAUGGGGUCAUGUUGAUGUAACUGAGUGGACAGAUGCCCUGUUCAAUGAUUGCUUUGACAAGCUGAAGACAUUGGUGAGGAGUCUGGGACUGACAGCAGGUGUGGAGAACGACACAUUGGAUCAACUGGAUGACUGGCAAACAAAAGGUUAUUACACCUAGACAAUACAAUAUUAUAAUAAUUCUUAAUCAUAAAGUUACCAUGUUGAAAGGGAACAGACUCUAAACAAUUUUGCUCCAGCAAAUAUGUAACUGUCAUAACAGUCAAUCAGUGGGACGCUUUAAAUGGUCGUAAUUCCACAGUUUUGAUUUUAGUUCUAUUAAAUCCUGUAUCAAUGUUUAUUACACACACACUGUAUGAAUUGCUGAUGCUGUGAGCACAAAUCCUAUUACUUAAUAGGCUGCAAUAAGUGUAUUCCAUUAGGAUACAAACUAAUGGUGAACACGGCAGGUAAGCAAGCACAACCUCGUUCCCAGAGUUCUCUCCUACCCAUCCCUACAGAGAGAGAACCUGGGAACGAGGUUGAAGCAAGCGAAGGUCCUGCACGUUAAAUUAUAUUAACUAAUACACAACAUAAAGCACAUAUAAUCUACAGACCUAAUGACAGCGAUAGACAUAGUCUGUAUCAGGGUCUCAGUUAGUCAGGACAAGUGAAAAGUAAACGAAGUGUGAGAGAAACAAGCUGUUUUUUCUUAAGUUGUGCAUACUCAUUCUUGUCUCCGCUCGUACCCACUCAGUUACAACUGAGAGCCUGCAAAAUGGUAAUUUGGACGUAAAGAUGUUAAAAUAAUCUGCAAACAAGUUCUAGCAAUUUCUUCUGUGAUAGUCAAUAACAGCACACCACAGAAGUUAAAUGAAAAUGUUAUGCAUUUCACAACCGUAGCUAUAGGCUUGCAGAGCAGAUGAGACAAGUGUUGCAAAUAUUUAAAGAAGCAUGAACAGCUGGUUGGGGCUGGCGCAUAGCAGUCUUUCCCAAGGGAAAAGUGUAAACCCAUGAGAACACCUAUUAGCUACAGUAGCUAAUAGUUUGCCUAUUAGCUACAGUAGCUAAAACCAUGAAAAAACUGCCACUGAUAAAACUAUGCAUUCCUUACAGUUAGUCCUGUUGGGAUUUAAUGAACAUUGUCCUGAACAUGCUAGUAUUUAUAGGUGGAGGGUCUACAGCAGGUCAUUCAAAAAACAAUUUAGUUCCAGCCAUGUUGAGGUUUAAAGAGACGUGGUUUACUGUAAGCAGGGUUCAAAAUAAGUUGACAGAGUUAUGUUAAGGCAUUUUGAUUAAUUGUUUUAAGUUGUUACUCAAAGUAAAACUUUCAUUCUGUUUUAUUUAAGGCUGUCAAUUAAUCAUGGGUCAUGCCGUGGACAAAGGUCUUCUCUGUUUGGUACAAGAUGAAGUGAAAGAUCUCAUCAAGGACUACAGCACCAUUGGUUCACAACUGAAUUUACACAACAAAAACGUUGCUCAGCUUCAAGGAAAUGUUGCCACCCUUAUAGAUCAGUUUGAGCGUAGAGAAGCGAGGUUAGUUGAGCAUCAUAAACGCCUUGAAGCGCUGGAAGAGAAGCUACAUGUGCAGCCUCAGGAGGCAGCAGAGUACAGAAGUGAAGAGAUCAAAAAAGUUGUAGAAAGACUUGUGUCUUUCGAAGCACAGUUAUCGAUACGACUUCAAGUGGUGGAAGAAAAAGUAGAGCGACUAGAGCAAACUCUAACGACGACAGAUGACAGAGUAGGACAACUGGAACAAAGUCAAACCAACACAAUUUGUCAAGUAGAACUACUGAAGGACAGUCAUACCAAGACGGCUGAUGAAGUAGAACUGCUGAAGCGAAGUCAGACUGAGACGGCUACAAAAGCAGAUCAGCUGGAUCAAAGAUGGGCUGAGGUAGAAAGAAUUGGACUACAAUUGAAAACACAGAAGGACAAACCAGGUAAGCUGUGUUUGCGAUAAAGAGAUUAAUGUGUUGUUAAGUCAUUCAUUAAUAUUGUAGUGAACACAAGGCAAAAUGUUCUCUUUUUCUGACACUUUCAAGUGUGAAAUUAUUUCAGAUAUGAAUCAUUCACCGAGUUUCCUCAGCGACGCAAAAUUCCUGUUGCAGGUGCGGUCCCCACGUAUGCACGAUAAAACGCAGACUGACCGAUGUGUUUCACUGCGAACAAACGUCAAACGUCUGAGGCGUUUUUUACAUGUAGAGGGAUUUCAUUCAGUGAUCCUUUAAGUAGAAACGUGCGCAUGGGUGUUGAAAACGUGUCACGUCCUAAUAAAACGUUAAUGCAAAAUGGUGCCGACAAUAACAACAGUUUCAGUUUUUAAACGCAUAGGGGGAAUGGUCCUUAUUUAGAGCAGGAGAGGAAGUGGAUGAUACUAGGGAGUGGUUAUGGAUUUUUAGGUAGUGAGUACGGAUUAUGAAAUAUCCACAGAGCGUAGGGGUUACUUAAAAUCAGUGAACAGGUUAUUUAUUCCAAGGGAUAUGGCUCUACGGCUCAGACAAUUUUAAGCAUGCCCAUCCCCCUCGGGAGUUUGUUAAGUGCUGUGUUCCCACCGUGGGGUAUCUGUCUUCAAAGUUGUACACGGGGUUAGGAAUUUGUCAUAUAUGAAUUUAUUCUUUUCUUUAACUUUUAUUUAAAAAAUCCACGACAUUUAAAAAUUGCAUAAGUAGAAGCUUAAAGAUACACGUGGUGUCUCAAGACAUUCUGUUUAAUCAAAAUAUUAUCGCCUUCUACGGAACGUCAACCAGACGAAAGGGGGGGAUUUUGAAGAGAAGAGCAGCCCAUUGUGAAAAAUAUAGCCUGAGUUCUCAAGCGUUUCUGGGGGAAGGGAGAAGAGAGAAGCGAUAAAGAGAGAGAGCGAAUCUCCUCUCCCCCACCCCCUUAGGAAGAACAGAAGAGCACCCCAGUAUGAAAAAAUAGCCUGAGUUCUCAGGCGUUUCUGGGGGAAGGGAGAAGAGAGAAGCGAUAAAGAGAGAGAGCGAAUCUCCUCUCCCCCAGCCCCUAAGGAAGACCUGAUACUGAGGCUAUGGAAAAGAAUGGGUUAAAGGGCAACUCUCGCGUAGGACAACAUUUUUCAGCAAAACCUUGCAAAUGUUUUUCUCAUUGUAAUACCAUCAAGAAAUAUAUCUUCAGCGAUCUAUUUGGCUCAGAAAUCGAGAUUCAAAGUGUUAAAUUUGCCGCUUACUCGAACUUCCGCCAUUAACGCUUCGAUUUUGCCUAUCACGUGACGUGACGUCACAGGUGUGGAACAACAGAUGAUCUCGAAUAUGGCUGACUGUAGUUUUUCAAGUGAUAGCGCUACCUCUUUGUCCGAUUAUUCGGUUCUAGAAAAACUUUUAGAAUGCAAAGUAUAGGGAAGCCCUUCACGGAAAUUCAACCCCGGCGUUUUGAGCCGCCUGGAAGAUCGUCCGAAGCUGAUGAAGUUCGUGCGUCGCCAGGAAACAUCGAGCCUACCACUCGCCCGCUGCGAUCUCGAUAGUGAAGAAUGGUGAGUGCCUAGAUGGUUUUGAACAAUUCUUGUGUACAGUGCAAUCCGUAAAUCGCUUGAUUUCAUCAAUGCUAUGAAUGCUUCAAAUUGUAAAAGGAAAAGGACUAAUUAAACACGCAUUUUUUUUUGUAUGCUGAGCGUUUAUCAUUUUAGAUCAUUGUUUUCAUAUGUACAAGUAGUCGAAAGCGUACCUUCCCCUUCUAACGACUACUGGAAAUGAUAAUCUGGGCAAGUUGUCUCAGUGUAGUUUUUUUUCUGCUUUAAUCCUGGUUUUACAAAAAGCAGUGAUUUAUAUCGGAAGCAAUAACUACGCUCUAGUAAUUCGUUGACUGCAACGCAAAUAAAUUUCCAUAUCUUUACCCCUUGACAGCCGCUCAUGCUCGACUCGUGGAGUGCUUGCACUGUAAAAUUUGUCUCUUUUGUUGUUGUACAGAUUGUUAUACAUAAUAACUGAAAGGCGCUGUACAGUUGUUUUCCUACAAGUCGUUAACUUACUUUUACUGUGUCUUGCUCUGUCAAUGAAUUUGGUUCAGAAGUUAUUACUCUAGCUUCUGUGUAUCCUGAUGUUAUUAUUAAGGUGGCUCGAUACAGUUUUUCAGGGCCAAUACCUCCCAAGUUUGAGCAUAAACUAUGUCGCCAUAAACAAAGUUUUGGAAAAAUUGCCACCACAGUUGUAUUAGAGGAAGAUGAAAAUUUGUUAUGAUGAGGGUUGCAAUGGCAUCGGAGUUGUCAUAGCAACGAAAUGACGCUAUUACCUAUUUUACUUGCAGCAGUAUAAGAGCGUUAUAGAGAUAUUUUGGGAUAAAGUUUUUAUUGUUAGAAACACAUUAAAAAAUGAACAAUAUUAUUGUUUGGCCGUUAUCUGUAGAAAAUGAAGCGCUUUUGACAUGCAAUUUUACCUCAUAGUAGUUUCAAUCUUUUAAAAGCCUGGGUGAAAGAUCAUGGGAGAUAGCUCCAGCCGAUUGCUAGAAAGAAGGGUUGUUUAGUAUGUAUCGAAGCGCUCUUGUUAGCGGUUUUGUAAACAUUUUGGUCUUCUUUAACAAAUUAGCGAAUAAUGUUUAAACCGCUCGAUAGAUUUUUUUAAAAAGUUAGGAUUCUUGAUAUUAACCUUCCUUUUAUAUGACUUUUUAGUUUCAAGAUUAUUGAUAUAUUGUAAGGCAGUAAAAUAAGGACUACAAUUCGUAACUUUUUUAUCGGAAGUUUCGUCAUUACAAGUGAAAGCCUCUAAUUAUUCAAGGCAUUGUCUCCAAGUUUCAUAUUCACGUGAACAGCAGUAACUUAUAACAAUGCAAUUGAAAUAUGCAAAAAUGCUAGCUAUUGUUGUGCACGAAAAUAUGCAACUUGGACACAAUACCCUGAAUAAUGAGAGGCUCACACUUGUAAACAGGAAAUUUCUGCCAAAAUAUUAGCGAAUUAUAGCCCUUAUUUUACUGCCUUACAAUAUAUCAAUAAUCUUGAAACUAAAAGGUCAUAUAAAAGGAAAGUUAAUCUCAAGAAUGUUAAUGUUUAAAAAAAAUCUAUCGAGCGGUUUAAAAAUUAUUCGCUAAUUUGUUAAAGCCGACCAAAAUGUUCAAAAACCGCUAACAAGAGCGCCUCGAUACAUACUAAUCAAAUCCUUCUUUCUAGCAAUCGGCUGGAGCUAUCUCCUUGAUCUUUCACACCCGUUUUUUAAAAGAUUGAAACUACUAUGAGGUGAAAUUGCAUGUCAAAAGCGCUUCGUUUUCUACAGAUAACAGCCGAACACCAAGUUUGUCCAUUUUUUACCGUAUUUCUAACCACAAAAUCUUUAUCCCAGAAUAUCUCGAUAACGCUCUUACAGAUUUCGCUUAAACUUCACGAACAUCAAGGCUGCUAUUGGAGGAAAAAGCUUCCGUGAAUGAUUUUCGAAGAACAGUUCCCAGUGCCGAGAUAUACUGCUGCAAGUAAAAUAGGUAAUAGCGUCAUUUCGUUGCUAUGACAACUCCGUUGCCGUUGCAACCCUCAUCAUAACAAAUUUUCAUCUUCCUCUAAUAAAACUGUGGUGGCAAUUUUUCCAAAACUUUGUUUAUGGCGACGUAGUUUAUGCUCAAACUUGGGAGGUAUUGGCCCUGAAAAACUGUAUCGAGCCACCUUAAGACAAUUUAAAGUUGGGAUGAGAUACACCUCCAUACCCAUGUGAACUAACUGCUUGCAUAAAACGUUUCUGCUCCCCAGUAUAUGAUUUUCGAGGUUGGGACAUGUCGUAUUUGAUCACUUAAGUUUUUGUCUGGAGCACAACAAUGGUUAUGUUAACUACAAUAAUAUUGCAUUUGAUGAGAUAUAACUGCAGGAACUUCUAUUAUAAUACACCCAGUACUGAAAACGUGUACAUAUUUGAAACUAUUUUGUGGUUAUGGGCAGGAGAUAGUAUGAUGAAGCCAUAGACGUUAAAGAGUGAAUAAGCUCAAAAUUGAAAUAAUAUUCUCUGUCUUGACUUCUGGCAGUUUGAUAAUUUUCUGGGUGCAGAAUGAAAAGGUCAAUAUUCAACACUUGUUCUGUUGCCCUCCAUUAACCGACGUUCAAUAUUUAUGACUAAAGAAAUAACUACUAUUGGAUGGGGGGAAAAUAUCUGCUUCCAACAGGUAGCUGUUGUAAAACGUAAAUAUUUGGAGGCAGUUGAAGUUAAAAAUAUGGAGGAGCCUCCUAGAGGAGCAUAGUGGAACACCCAGGAUUCCAGGCAGUUUGUCUGAAUUACUGGGUGUUAUGAGCUGCAUGGCAAUACAAGCAGCAGCAUGGUGCCUCGGCAUAUGAAGAAUCAGAUCAUAAAAAAAGCAGGCACAUUGCCUAUAGGCAAUUGGUAAGGUGAUACUGGGGCUCCCUUGGCAGGGACACAGGAAUUACAUUACUGUCCUUGAUUCCUGUGCAGUUAAGUGCAUACGACCUCAUUUCCAGGAGCCUGAAAGGUUGGAGGAUGAGAUGGAGUUCACAGGAUUCCAUUGUGCAGGGCCGAGUUGUUCAAAGCUGGGUUAAGAUAACCCAGGGUUAGUGCGAGAUUUGAAUUAAGAUUUGAAAGCUUAAAAAGCAAUUCAGUUUUAAUUCUUUUUGUCCACAAGUUGAUGAUUGGAAGCUCUAAAAAUAAGAGAGAAAAUUAUCCGAGAAAAUGCUUUUGAACACAAGAAAAAGAAACCAGGGUUAAAUUUAACUCCGGGUUAAGCGCUAACCGGCCUUCGAACAACUGGGCCUAGAUGAAUAAAUAUACCAUGUAUUGCAAAUAACCCUACUGUAUAUAAAAGAUGAUGCAAUUUUCUCACUCACCACUGGAAGACUGGGCUAGAGCAACUUUGUUGCCAUUAAAAUGAUUGCUACCCAGCAAACAAUGUCAACAAUAAUUGUUGGAACUAAAAAAUCUAUAAGACUACAUGGUCUUUUAAAGUCCAAUGGUGUCAGUGUGUGGGAAAUACAUAAUUCUUCUCGACUAUUUGCUCACAGCUUCUGAAUAAUAAUGGCGGAUUAAUUAGUGUUUGACUAAUAACAUGUCACCCUUUUUUUUCCAGCAGGUGUGAUUUUUAACUGGGAAAUAAUGUACAAGUUGAAACUUUAUAUCUUAAUAAUAAAAUGGUAUUUUAUUGUUCAUUGCUGUAUAUCUUUAGGUUAUAAUGGGAAAUCCUCAUUUUUAAAUUAGAAUUCACAAAUGGAUUGUUUCCAUCUUGCAUAUUUUAAUUGAGAAGGCAAUAAUAAUAAAGAAAACCGG